AUGUCUCACAUUCCCGACCUCCUGCCCAUCGCCGCUGACGCAGUGCGGCCGUUAGUGGUUCGAGAAAAGGUCGAGCUUCGGCCCCCUCUCACGAAUACUAUCUGGACGUCUGACGCAUCCACAUCCUAUCAAUUAAAUGCAAGGUGUCAAGAUUUUAUAACCAGGUAUCUUGGACGAAGUCUCAUUCCUCCAAACGACCCCAAUAUGAUACAAGUUAAUCGCAAGCUCCUGGAACUAGCCUUCACUUGCCCUUUUUUAAUGCACGCCUCUCUGGCUGUGGCGCUUACAUAUGAUCGCCAUCUGAAUGGCUCCUUAGGCUGCCGACGCACUGUAGAAGAGUGUUACCACUGGUCUCAAAGCACAGUCCUCUUGAACAAGCGGCUAAGGGAACCGAUUGAAGACAAAGAUAAGGAUCCAAUAUGGGGUACUGCGGCUGCUCUGGUUAUCUUAAUCUUCUCGUCCCCUGAUUCAUGCAUACCGGAGCAAGCGUGGCCCCUAAAGUCUUCCGACUCCUCUGACCUGGAUUGGGUGCGUAUGAGCAAGGGUAAAAUGUCAUUGUGGCAUAUAGUCAACCCGCUGCGACUGGACAGCCUAUUCCACGUCAUGGCAGCGACCUUUGCUCAGAUGCAUGCACCAUUGCCAGAAAGAGGCAUAGAUGGUAUGCCAAGGGCCUUAGCUGCCGUGUGUGACCUCAAAGACUCAUCUACGGCGGAAACUAAUCCGUAUUUCCAUGCUGCCCACGCGGUAUCCCAGAUCCUGGACCUCCCGGAUAGCGAAGUCGGAACAGGUCAAAUUCAACUAUUCAUGCGGAGUAUUCAUGGCCCUUUCGAAGACUUGCUCCGGAAAAGGGACCCUGUAGCGCUAUUGUUGCUCUAUCUAUGGUUUGAAAAAUUCCCCUCCUUUCGAGAGCAACCCAUCUCGACAUCCUCCCCUCCGCGGCCAGUGCCAGUGGUCUCCGCUCGGCAACGGUCAUCUGGCCGCAGUCCGUUCAAUAUGUUCUCGGCCUUUCUUCGCCGGGUGACAUCCUACAAGGAAAAGGUCCCGUUUCUAAACGAACUACACCUUAAUUUCAUCCUCCUCCACUAUGCCUACAUCAUAUCCUGGGCUAUCAUCGGCUCCAUCAUCCUUUAUCCCGGUGGCAACAUCGACUACAUUGAUGCGCUCUUCCAAUCCGCCGGCGCCGCCACACAGAGCGGGUUAAACACUGUCGAUCUGAAUAGUCUCUGGCUAUAUCAACAAAUCGUCCUAUACCUGAUCACAUGUCUGUGCACGCCGAUCUUCAUCCACAGCGCGCUGGUGUUCAUUCGGUUAUACUGGUUCGAGAAGCGCUUCCAACAUGUGGUCCGUGACGCUCGCGCGAUGCGACGGACCCGAUCCCGCAUGGAAACCGUGACCGAUGAUGGGGACAGUGGGGAUAUCAAUAUAAACCGCGCGGAGCUUGGGGUCAGCGGUCGACCCAUUGUGGUGAUACGGGACGAUUCAGGAGACGCCCGGGACGGUCGAUUGACGGAUCCGGCUAGCAAGAACAUCAAUUCGGGCAUCAACACACCAGAAGCGCGAGAGAGCAGUGCCGACUCCAGCUCCGAGGGAACAGACACGGGCAAUGAACCUCGCUUUGGCCUCGGUAGCUUGAAAGUACCAACCCAUUUGAACCCCGAACAUCACAUUGCCUUCUUGGAAAAGCAGCGCAAGGACAAAGGAGCUCUGCGUAUUCCGAGUCCCCGAGAGUAUGACCGUGGUGGUGCGCCGGAGGCCUUGGAAGAAGACGUGGACCAGGAGGGCGAGCAGGCUCAGCACUCAAGUGACCACGACGACCAUGACGACCAAGACGACCAACAGAGCCCCGGUGCACACCCCGAGGAGCUUGAUCAGCUUGGUCCACUUGAAGGACCACAUAUCACCAUCAACGAGCCAGAUAUUUCACGAACUCGUCCACGCGGAAAUACGUUCCCUCGUCUAGAAACUCGACCCACUUUCCGGGAGACUAAAGAUGGGAAUGAGACUACCACUCUUGCCCCUACUAAUACAAGGAACACUUUCAGGGGGGUGUUCCGAUCUCUGACACAAGAGCGCGACCUUAACACUCAGCCAUACCUCAGUUGGAAUGCGACGGUCGCUCGUAACUCCAAUUUCGUUGAUUUGACUGAGGAGCAGCGUGAUGAAUUGGGCGGUAUCGAAUACCGUGCGCUUAAGACGCUAGCCGUCGUUCUCAUCACCUACUACGUCGGUUUCCAUCUCAUCGGCAUGAUCAGCAUGAUCGGCUGGAUCAUGACAGAGAACAGAUGGGGCGACGUUGUCCGGGCUGAUGGAGUUGGGCGGCCGUGGUGGGGAAUCUUUACCGCUGCCUCCGCCUUCAACGAUUUGGGUUUCACCUUGACACCUGACUCGAUGUACUCCUUCCAAAGGGCCGUUUUCCCUUUGCUGAUGCUAGCGUUUCUAAUUAUCAUUGGCAAUACGGCCUUCCCAUGCAUGCUUCGUUUGAUGAUCUGGGUUCUUUCAAAAUUCACCCGCCAGGGCACUGCGCUAUGGGAAGAAUUGAAGUUUCUUCUGGAUCACCCCCGUCGAUGCUUCACUCUAUUGUUCCCUCGCAAUGCCACUUGGUGGCUGUUUGCGAUUCUCGUCUUAUUGAAUGGCAUUGAUCUGAUCUUCUUUGUCAUCCUGGAUCUCAACGAUUCCGCCGUCACUGCACUACCGCCCGGAAUUCGAGUUGUGGACGGCUUCUUUCAAGCUGCUGCGACACGAACAGCUGGUUUCGGAAUCAUCAGUCUUUCAGAACUUCAUCCCGCCAUCCAAGUUUCUUAUUUGAUCAUGAUGUAUAUCUCAGUCUUUCCUAUCGCUAUCUCUAUGCGUCGAACCAACGUCUACGAAGAGAAGAGUUUGGGAAUUUACGAUGCCACAGACGAGGAUGACAACGAAGACUCCAAUGCUCCCACCUAUAUCGGAGCUCACUUGCGACGUCAACUGAGUUUCGAUUUGUGGUACGUCUUUUUAGGUCUGUUUAUCAUUGCCAUUGCGGAAGGAUCAAAAUUGCAGAACGUGAACGACCAAUCCUUCCAGCUGUUCACUGUUUUGUUCGAAGUCGUCUCAGCAUACGGUACUGUGGGCCUUUCUUUCGGAUACACAGAUGUCAACACCUCCUUCUCGGGACAGUUCAAUGUAAUCUCCAAGUUGGUAAUCAUUGCCAUGCAAGUCCGUGGUCGCCACCGUGGCCUGCCUUACGCGCUUGAUCGUGCCGUCCUUCUCCCCUCCGACGCCCUCAAUCGACACGAGGCCGAAGAGGGAGAGCGCCGCAUGCGCCGCCGCGCAUCCAACCUCAGUGGUGGUGGGUCUUUCGCCCAAGCGCAAUCGCGUACCUUAUCUCAAGCAAGGAACGAUGCUGGUCUAUCUUCGGGUAUGGAAACCCACGACUGGCAGACCCAGCCUGCUCCCAAUGCAGACUCUCUGGUCCAUCGUUCCUCCACUCUCCGAUCCAAUCGGUAA